CAGCCCUGCUGACAGGAGGGGCCGACCCAAGACCCACUCAGAGGAACAGGAUGGAGGGGCCCGUGUUAACGCUGGGGCUGCUGGCUGCCCUGGUCGUGUGUGGCAGCUGGGGCCUGAACGAGGAGGAGCGGCUGAUCCGGCACCUGUUUGAGGAGAAGCAUUACAACAAAGAGCUGCGGCCCGCGGCACACAAAGAGGAGACCGUGGAGGUCACCCUGGCCCUCACCCUCUCCAACCUCAUCUCCCUGAAAGAAGUUGAAGAGACCCUCACCACUAACGUGUGGAUUGAGCACGGCUGGACAGACAGCCGGCUGAAGUGGGAGGCCAGAGAUUUUGGGAACAUCAGCGUCCUGCGCCUGCCCUCUGACAUGGUGUGGCUCCCAGAGAUAGUGCUGGAGAAUAACAAUGACGGCUCCUUCCAGAUUUCCUACUCCUGCAACGUGCUCAUCUACCCCUCAGGCUACGUGUACUGGCUGCCGCCCGCCAUCUUCCGCUCCUCCUGCCCCGUCUCCGUCACCUACUUCCCCUUCGACUGGCAGAACUGCUCCCUCAAGUUCAGUUCACUCAAGUACACGGCCAAGGAGAUCACCCUGAGCCUGAGGCAGGAUGAAGAAGACGGCCGCUACUACCCUGUGGAGUGGAUCAUCAUCGACCCCGAGGGCUUCACAGAGAACGGGGAGUGGGAGAUAGUGCAUCGGCCGGCCAGGAUCAACGUGGACCCCAGUGCCUCACUGGGCAGUCCCAGCCGCCAGGACGUCACCUUCUACCUCAUCAUCCGCCGCAAGCCACUAUUCUAUGUCAUCAACAUCCUGGUGCCCUGCGUGCUCAUCUCCUUCAUGAUCAACCUGGUCUUCUACCUGCCAGCGGACUGUGGCGAGAAGACAUCAAUGGCCAUCUCGGUGCUCCUGGCCCAGUCUGUCUUCCUGCUGCUUAUCUCCAAGAGGCUGCCAGCCACGUCCAUGGCCGUCCCCCUCAUCGGCAAGUUCCUGCUCUUUGGCAUGGUGCUGGUGACCAUGGUCGUGGUGAUCUGUGUCAUCGUACUCAACAUCCACUUCCGCACGCCCAGCACCCACAUGCUGUCUGAGGGAGUCAAGAAGCUCUUCCUGGAGACACUGCCUGAGGUCCUGCACAUGUCCCGUCCGGCAGAGGAUGGGCCCAGCCCUGGGACCCUGGUCCGGAGGAGCAGCUCCCUGGGCUACAUCUCCAAGGCAGAGGAGUACUUCUCACUGAAGUCCCGAAGUGACCUCAUGUUUGAGAAGCAGUCAGAGCGUCAUGGGCUGGCCCGGCGCCUCACCACCGCACGUCGGCCCCCAGCAGGCUCUGAGCAGGCCCAGGAGGAGCUCUUCAGUGAGCUGAAGCCAGCUGUGGAUGGGGCCAACUUCAUCGUCAACCACAUGAAGGACCAGAACAAUUACAAUGAGGAGAAGGGCUGCUGGAACCGGAUAGCCCGCACGGUGGACCGACUCUGCCUGUUCGUGGUGACACCCAUCAUGGUGGUGGGCACAGCCUGGAUCUUCCUGCAGGGCGCCUACAACCAGCCUCCACCUCAGCCCUUCCCUGGGGACCGCUUCUCCUACCGGGAGCAGGAUAAGCGCUUCAUCUAGAGUGGGCGUGCCCUCCCCGGCCUGGCCCAACAGCCAGGGCAGGCGGCUGGCCUGAAAGGGAGGUACAGGGGGUGCGGUGGAUAGCUGUGUGGACAGGGGUGUCUGCGAAACAACCAGCUCUUCCUGGGCAGACCAAUUCCCAGCCCUGAGACUUUGAGCCCAGUUGGUCCUGCCAGGCUGGGGCAGAGACGAGCUGAGGUCAAGGGAGGGAGGGGGAAGCCCUAAUUCUCAACAGUGGUUCCUUUGCAAAUAAAGCCAGGAGCC